AUGCACCAAACCGGUUUGGUGCAGGUCAUCGCGGACCUUUCUUCAGCAGGCCAGUCAAUGACGGCGACUGCAUCGCUUGGUGGUUCAACCAUAUUGGUUCCCUCACCAUCAGCCGUGACAGUGGGACUUGGAUCCUCCACACCAAGUUCUGGAGUCCUUGCAUCUGCGGUACCUGGGCCCUCCGGACCCAAUCCAGAUUGUGAUCUUUUACGCACUUGUGUAUUGUUGCAAUCUCCAUACCCAUCGAUCCUCUGGCACCUGGCAGCACCUGGUCAACACCUGGAUGUCCUGGUGUCGACCUGGAUAUCCUGGAGGUCUGUGUACCAUACAUUUUCCAUAAUGUCACUUGAUUCUCCCACUCGUGAUUCAAUCCCUACAACACCCAAACCCUUUCGAGUCAAACGUUCUCACUCUGAACCCCCCAGCCUAAUCAAACUUGACUCCGAGGAACCUGAAGAUAAAAAAACGCACACUGGCACAGCCCCAGAAUACCUCGCAGCACUUGCCAUACAGCGAAAAACACCAGAAUCUCCCAGUCCCACUACUCAUUUUCAAACCAAAACCCUUGCCGUCCCUGCGGACUUCCUCCAAGACCUUGUUGAUGCACGUUGGAAGGCUGAGAGAGCGUGGUGCAAUGCCGAACAUAGAUUACAAUCACAACAGGUCCAAAAGUUGCCGCGAACUUAA